GCUUUCUUGCUUCUUGAAUCAAUCUUUGACGUCAGACAAGGCCCGCCACACCCAAUUCUGGGCAUGCGACGACAUUAAUGAUGGAGCCACCACUAGCUUCAGAUGAUCAUGCUCAGGCCAUCGACGAGCUAUGGGCCAAAAUAGCAAAAGAGCGAAAACAGCGACGGCCCAGCACAACUUCAAUCGAACACCCACCUCCAAAGCCACGUCGAAAGCCACCUCGGACGUCAUCUCAGAGACCAUCUCAAAAGCCAUCUCAGAGACCAUCUCCGAGGCCUGCGCGCGAAGAUGUCGGCUGCGACAAUACCAGUAUCGAUUCAAUUGAUUGCGCCCUGGAAGGUCAAGUCGGAGAUCCCCUUCUUCCGGAACAAAGCAUGAUGGAUGAGACCUGGGACGACGCUCAAUCGACAUGGAGGGCGUUCGUGGCCAACGCAAACGGCUGGCCCGCUGGAUUUUUCGACACCCCCAGGAUACUGGGCGACAUUCCGGCUAUUCCACGCGAGAUCCCCAAAAACUCGAAGGGACGGUCAAUUUUGGAGGGGCAGCCAAUUUGGCACGUAUCCGAUCUCAACAAAAAAGGGAAGCUCACCGCAGGUGCUAGAAAACGCUUCCAUCUCCUUUGCGAAGAACCAGUUCGAGCCUCUAUCGCAGAGCGACAGGACUCGAGCUUCUUCGGGCACGUAGAUGGCAUAAGUACAGAACCAGCUCCAAACGGUCUCACGGUCCUAAUAUUCUGCUGGUCAUACAUUCUCUGUGCGUCCCUUAUUGAGCGUCAGGGUUACCGCGUGACUUACACCGAGCACCUCGUCGAACCGCAGCCAGAGGCAACGUCCUCCGGCCUGCCAGCCUUUCGUCUUCCCUCUGAUGCUUCUGACAGCUUGGAAAGGUGGCUGUGUGCCUUACUGGCCCCUACGAUGGGGUGGACAACUUCACAGGAAUGCGGCUUACCUCCCUGGGCUCUCAUUUGUUCAACAGCACCCCGCAUCACUCGUCCGCCAGCCUCUCGGCCUCGACCAGAGCUAGUCGACGUGCAGGCUCCGGACUCAGAAGAAGCCUUGCUAUUACUCAAAGAACUCUGUUUCUUGUACGACCUACGUCACUCGGACGCCACCAUGCCAGCACUUGAAUCGUCAUUCAUCGCGGCACUAGCCAUUCCGUACUAUCGAUACGCCGGCCUUGUUCCGCAACUGCCACCGCUCGCAUCGAUCAAAUCUCGCAAGUCCGCCAAUCUGUCAGACGACUGUGACGAGAUACUUCUCAGAUACUUCGAUCAUCUUCCAUACUAUAUGACUCUCAGUUUGCAGCCUCUCUCAUUCGGCUCUAUACUAUGGAGCGUUUUCUGGCAGCCCUCCGUUGCGUGCAAUGUCACGAGUUCCUGGCUCAACUCAACUCUGGACGUUCUGGAACCAGUCAUUGCCAAAAGGGACGUAGGGCAGUUGGCCCGGAUCUUCGCUGCUCGCCGCCCUCUCGCAGCAGUCCUUUGGCUUGGGGUGUUUCUCCUAGGAGAUGUCAAAAUCCUGGACAGAAUCAGGUACUUUCUCCGGAGUCUUACAGAGGGAAAAGCCCUUCCACUCGGGGGUCCUCCAGAUAUUACGGUAUCCGCAUGGACUCGCUCUCCGCAGUCUUUCUGGGAUGUACCGUGCGAAUCUCAGCUCCCAGACGGAAUCUACGACAGAGCCGAAAUAUUUCAAAGACGACUGAAUUUCCGGCUCUCAGAUCAGUACUUGAUUCUCUUCGCCUGGAAGCCAUUCUCUCCCAUGGACAAGACCGGCAUAGAAAUUGACCUUUACGACUAUCUAAAGCAUCCCUUUGCUCGUCAAUAUGUGUGCUGGCAAUGGCGGGGGGCAUCUGGUGUCGAACGAGGUUUUCGGCAAGAGCAAAAGGGUUAUGUGGCGCCCGAUGAUAAUCUCGACUUCCAUUUCGGAAAGCCUAACAUUACACCGAGUGAGCGAAGCGCAAAUACGGCGGCGUCCAAGCGCGCAACCCUACAGAUGCUUGACUUCAGCAUGAUGACUUAUCGUGGGGAAAGAUCUUUCGAUUACGUGUCUAUUCCUGGAUUGACCAAGCAUCAUCGGUGGUUGAAAAGAUGGAGAGGAUUGGAUUAG